CGUGCCCUCUCAACACUCAGCAGACGGACGCAUCGAUGGAGGGCUCUUGCUGCAGUCCUCUGCUGUAUUUCCUAAACCACAUUUCAACAUGACAUAAGAAGUAAAAACCCGGCUCUAUCGGCCAGAAGCUUGUCGGUUUUUUGUUUUUUUUACCAAGCAGCCCUCUCAGCAUCCUAGCUGUACCAAUUUCAAACUUUUUUCUUUUCUUUCUAACAUUCCCCCCCUGCUUCCCUGAAACCCCUCCCCUGUAAGGCUACUUUUUCAUCCGCUCCCUGGAGAUAAAUCAAAUCCCUGGGAAAAUAGAGGAGGUUGCACGUUUUUAUUUUUGAAUACAUUUUUUUUUUGGACUUCGGGGGAUCCGCAUGGAUGUGGCAGCGGAACAGGGGAUGUCUCUGCCGGGUAUCCGACUCCGGAAUGGACCGGAGCAAGUGAUGCCGAGCCAGAAGAAGGUGAAAGCGAGACGGAAAAGACGAAAGGAGUUGGUUUUAAUCCAGAUCUGCUUGUUCUGCGGCUUGCUUCUGGUCGUCAAGGGGUUUUCCUACUUAGCGGAAAAUUCAGGUUUUGACGUCUCUGGCCACAGCAGUGGCGACCAGGAGAGAUGGGGAGGAAGGAGGCUACUGCAGGAAACAGACAACAGCAGCCUUGAGGAAAUGGGAAGCGAAGGAUCUAAGAACUGCACCGCUCCAGCUCUGCACGAGUUCCCGACAGACCUGUUCACACACAAGGAGAGAACAGAAGGAGCUGUGGCCCUGCAUGUCCUGUGUACCAUUUACAUGUUCUGUGCCCUGGCUCUUGUCUGUGAUGACUACUUUGUCCCUUCAUUGGAGAAGCUGUGUGAGCGUCUCAAUCUCAGCGAGGACGUAGCGGGGGCCACUUUCAUGGCUGCUGGUAGCUCGGCCCCUGAGCUCUUCACAUCUAUCAUAGGGGUGUUCAUCACUAAAGGAGACGUGGGCGUGGGGACCAUCGUGGGUUCAGCAGUUUUCAACAUCCUCUGCAUCAUCGGUGUUUGUGGCUUCUUUGCUGGCCAGGCAGUGAAGCUCUCUCACUGGGCUCUACUCCGAGAUUCCAUUUAUUACACGUUUUCUAUCAUAGCCCUCAUUGCGUUUAUCUACGAUGAGAAGGUGGUCUGGUGGGAGUCUCUCGUCCUGAUUUUAAUGUAUGCAGUCUACAUCCUCAUUAUGAAGUUUAAUGGCAGGGCACACCGCUACUUUGACCGUCGAAAGAAGAACUCUAUGAAUCUGGCCAACGGGCUGACAGGAAGCACAGACCUGGAGGACAAUGUGACGUGUGAUGCUACUGCAGUCCUGCUCAAGAAAGCUAACUUCCACUGUAAGCCGUCGGUGCUGAUGGUGGACGAGCUGCUCUCUGCGUACCCCCACCAGCUGACUUUCUCCGAGGCCGGCAUGAGGAUCAUGAUCACCGAUCAUUUCUCCCCCAGGACUCGCCUCACCAUGGCCUCACGCAUGCUCAUCAAUGAGAGACAAAGACUGAUCAACACCACAGAAACUCGAGUCAACCGCAUCACUAACGGCGACUCUGACGCGGCGGCCAGGACUCAGGGGAGGCGGAGCUUAGAGAACGGGAUGGGUGCGGCUGAGCAGGGUCUGAAUGGGCGGUGCAGACUUCAGCGGCUCGAGUCCGGGAACGAGACCGAGACUGAAAAUGAGGAUAACGAGAACAAUGAGAAUGACGGAGAGAAAGAGGGAGAAGAUGAGAACAGUGGCCCCCUGGUGCCCUUUAAAAUCCCAGCUGGAUGCUGCACCAAGCUGAAGUGGCUGGUCAUGUGGCCGUUGUCUCUGCUUCUGUUCCUCACGGUGCCCAACUGUUCAAAGCGGCGCUGGGAGAGAUGGUUCAUGGUUUCCUUCUUCACUGCCACUUUCUGGAUCGCUGGUCUCUCCUACAUCAUGGUCUGGAUGGUGACUGUGAUUGGAUUCACUCUGGGUAUUCCUGACGUCAUCAUGGGCAUCACCUUCUUGGCAGCAGGCACCAGCGUCCCAGACUGCAUGGCCAGUGUGAUAGUCGCUCGACAAGGUCUGGGAGACAUGGCCAUCUCCAACUCCAUAGGCAGUAAUGUGUUUGACAUCCUGGUGGGCCUGGGCCUGCCCUGGUUUCUGCAAACACUCUGCAUCGACUACGGCUCCACCGUCAUUCUGAACAGCAGAGGACUCAUCUUUUCUGUUGGACUCCUGCUUGCUUCGGUGUUUGUCACAGUUCUCGGUGUCCAUUUGAACAAUUGGACUUUGGACUGGCGACUGGGCUUGGCCUGCCUCAUCUUGUACGCCAUCUUUCUUUGCUUCUCCAUCCUCAUCGAGUUCAACGUCUUCAUCUUCGUCAACCUUCCCAUGUGUCGAGACAUCCACUGACCCCCCUCCUCUUCUUCUCCUUCCUUCUAUGGUUUACUGGAGGAAACCUCCCCUGGCCUCCAGUUUCCUUUUUGCGCCUCAGAACCAAGUCCUACCGUUUUAUUUAAUUCUUUUUUCAAAUAGAAAAAAUAAGAGAUGUAUAUGAUUUAUCUUUGGUGCAAUACACACAAGAGAGAAGAAAAGAGGUUUUGGGGGUGAGACGGGAGGCGAGAGAGAGAGACGAGUCCCGGCAGCAGAGGUUGCUGCCAGCUGUCAAAUGAACUGAACGAUUUGACGGGAGUGAACUGUAUUAACACCAACAGUUAGGCGACUGUUUGGUGAAGAAGCUGCUACUGUAACUGACUGACAGGCGAGGGGGGGAAGGAGAGAAAUCCUGCGCUCACAGCGAUUUUCAGCUGGAUUGUUUGUUACUCUUUGUACAAGUUUGGAUAUAAGCACAUGAUUAAGGUAUUUUUAAGAAGAAAACAAACUGGCUUUUGUCUGUAAAUAUUUGUGGAUUAUAUAAGAACUUAUAUUAGCAGCUGGUAUUUGGAAUUCUCUUAUGCACAACUGGAUCAGUCCUGCAAAACGGACUGAUCCUCUGACUUUAGUGUUGGUCAGUAACACACAUAUACAAAACCCUGCUUCAACUUUGUCUCCCAUGCUGAGUUCCAGCCAACGUAGCAUGCUUUACUAGCAGGUCAACUCUAGCUUUGCACUGACAGAAGUAGAUUUAUUAACUCCAGUCACAUAGCGUCUAUCUUUUUGUUUGUGUUUCUGCUUGUCUUCAGACAUAUCCAAGUAGAUGUGGGCUUCUUCAAUGAAACCCACGUAGGAAAGGGAUUUCCUUGGACCUGACAUCUCAGCACUGUCACUUUAUCGGUUAGAGAUAAUAUUCUAUCAUUGCAAAGCCUGUACAGGUAACUCUACAAAUGUAACUACUGAAUUUAAGUUCCCUUUAUAGGCAGUUAGACGUCUUGUUCAAAUUAAAGAAUUAGUUUUUAUUAGUUUCUGAGUCGAGAAUAACAAUAUUUCUUCUUAAAGCCAAACGUUGUUUUAGAAUAGGAGUAAGUUUAGAUUCGAGUGAACAGUGCAUGUGUGUGUGUGUGUGUGUGUGUGUGUGAGUGUGUGUGUGUGUGUGUGUGUGUUGCAGUCUUGAGGGGAACCAAGGAGCUUCACUGUUACGGGGAAGACAUAAUCAUGAUUUAUUUAUGAAUUAAUUUAUUCAAAGAUCAUGUCUAACCUCCAGUUUCAGCCCUUUGGAUCAUGUACAGUGUAUUUGAAAAGGAACGCUCUCUGACGACAGAGCUGUACAAAGUACUGUACCUAAUAUAUAAUCCAAGUACUGGAAACUGACUUGAUGUUGUUUAUAUUUAAGAAUAGAACUUUAUAAUUUAUAAGUUUUGUAUAGUUCCAAAAGAUGUUGCAACAAUUGUAUGAUGGUACAAAAAAACAGCUGAUGAUGCACGGCUGCACAGUGUUGCGUUGCUGUGGAGAUGUUGUGUUUUUUUUUUUUGUUUUUUUUUCAGUGAGACGGACUGAAAAUGCAAUCUUUAUCACUGGUCCUAACACAAAAGGGUGAGAAGCUGUUUGCAAAUCCCCUCGCAUGUGGAAUUAGUGAUGAAUUCUGGAUGUAAAAGAUUCACUUUCAAAUCAAAAAAGUGUAAAAAAAAAAAAAAAAAAAAAAAAAAAAAGUGCUAACUGGUGGCACUCCACCCUUUUGACUUUCACAACAUGUUGUUUCUGAAACACAGUGCUUGAACUUUUGUGCCACCUCUUGUAUUUGAGGCUUCAAAGCAAUGCUCGUGGCCAUUGUCCUGCUUGUAUUUGAGCCAAAAAAAAAAAAAACACCUUUGUCAACAGUAUUGCCACUCAGUUUCAGCAUGUGUGAACAAAAUGUGGAAGAUGUGUAUUUUUAUUUUAUUAUAUUUUUUAUCUUGAAGGAGAAUUCUCAUGUUUUAAAGGGUUGCUAAUUUAUGGAAAGCAUCCUCUGUCUUUAGGGUUGCUGCCUAUCCUGCAGCCACAUGAGGGUGCUGUAAGAGCUGUAUAGCAGCUGAUGAAGUUUGGGCAUAUUUUAAGGUAGGCAACAGGGAUAAAAUACUGGAUGGUUUGCAUGCCUCUCUCAUAAUUCAGAUUAUUUUGUGCGUAAUUUUAAUGAAUUUCCAAGAUUGAAAAGGCACUGUCUUGAUUAUGCUGUACAUAUCAGGGGGAUAUGCUAUAAUAAACACGGAUGUUGGAUAACUUCUGAUUGUUGAGCAGUUAUAUUUGAGAUAUCUACAGUAUUUAGAAUGUAGGCCUACAACCGUUAGUUUCCAGCUAAUUAAUGUCGUUUUACGCUCAUGUCUUUUGCAUUGUUUGUAAAUCCUCAUUUUUGUUGAUGAGGACCUUUGGGCGGAGCUGUAAGCCUUGUUCCCAGUGGUCUUCUUGCAAUAAACUGAUUUACAUACACAAAUA